GCACUUCGAUCUAACUCGUCACAGACUCCAUCCAUCACUGUCAUUUUCGUGUAUUAGGAUCUCCCCAUGGGGAUGUUCACGAUAUCACAGACCUCUUGAUAGCAAUUGCUCUGCAUGUGCAGCAUCGCGCAAUCCACCACUCCAUUGUCACUCACUACCUUGCCUCCUCGCCCUUGCCAACAUGGCUACCUCCUCAUCCACCCCUCAGUCGCGACCUCGCCGCGCUCCUCGCAUCCAGUAUGCAGAGGUUGACUCCGACUCUGUUGACUUCUCCGAAAUCGAAACCCGACCCCAACCUCCUCGACGUUCCCGCCGACAGAUACCAACAUAUCGAGAGUCGAGUGACGACGAUUCUGAUCUCCAGUCCGACUCGUCAAUAGAGGUUCAACCCCAACAAGGAACAAAAUCGCGGCCGAGAAUACAGGAGACUGCUUCUUUAGCAUCGCGGAAACGCAAAGCGGCACCCUUAAGAAAAGCUGCUGUUGGGAACUCGUUCAGCGCCUACAAGCGACAGAAGACUGGAUCUUCCACACUCCCUCGCAAGCAAGAUGCGCAAGUCUCCAUUAUUAUCCCACCACCUCCUAGUGGACGAGCUCCUCCAUGGCAAGAGCUCCCAUAUCAUGUGUUAGUGAGUGUCAUGAAACAUGCAGCCUAUCCGCUUUAUGGUCAAGUGUCACAACCUACCGCCUCGUUACCGUGGCUGCUAUCGAUGUCGACUCUGUGUCGGUCUUUCCACGAAGCGUGCAUGGCAGCACUACUCCACAACCCUCCGUUGUAUCCCGCCUGGCGGGCCCACGGCCUGAUAGAGCUCCUCAAGCAGGAACCGGAAGACUUGAUGACAGAUUACCGCGCGAAGAUACACUACCUUGAGAUCGAAGUCAAGCAGCUCCUGUACAAGAAAGCUGGCAUUUCGUUGAUGGACUUACUGACGCGGACACCUUUGCUCCAAGGCCUGCGUCUGUAUUCCAACUAUGAUGAUAUGCAGACAUCACUAUGGGCUCAGCCCGCGGCCCAAAGAAGAAUGAACUGGUCAUAUCCUACAGAGAUGUUCGACCAUUUCGACCGAGAGAACAUAUUCAUGUUAACCUUCGAAUGGAAUGGAAGAUUUCCCAACCCGAAAGAAGCGCUACAGACUGCACUGAGUGCUCAUUCGCGGCCAGCAUUCAGCAGAUUACGUGAAGUAUCCUUCCUAAACUUGACCUUGCCAGAGAAGACGACCAAUGACGAUGUGGCAACGGCACGAAGCCUUUUCACAGGUGCCCUCACAGACCUUGUCGAGUUGAAGCAUCUGACAUUGAAAAAUUGCGGCAUCUUGGAUGAGGUCACUGCACCGCUGCUGCCGAUCGGGCUGGAAUAUCUAGAGGUUGUGCAGUGUUCUCAGUUGACUUCACCAGCAUUGGCACAAUACCUGGCUGCAGGCGGCAGCACAUUGCGAACGAUGAAGUUGAUCGGCUGUCAGUCACUGUCUUUGGGUUUCAUGGCGGAGCUCAAGACUUUAUGCCCUCGAUUAGAGGAUUUUGUGGUUGACAUGUUCUUCAUUGACCCAACAUCUUUUGCGGAUCGGGAGCCUCUGUUCCUGGCUCUAUUGCCAGACGGUCCUCCAACUUGGCCGGCGAGUCUUGUCAAUUUAUCUCUCGAAAACAUCCGUCACAAAGUAGCUAACGAAGCGCACGAGUUCUUGGAGUCGCUUGUCGAAUCGUCAGAACAACUGCCACGUCUCAAGAGGAUCAACAUCAAGAUGAUAUUGAAGUUGGCCGGUUGGCGCGAUCGUGCACAGUUACGAAAGGACUGGCUGCCCAAGCUCCAAGAGGUCUUUCUGAACACAGACAAACCGCUUGAUCAAUGGGAGAAGGCUUCCAAACAAUCUUCGCAAUCAUCCCAGCGACAGAGCAGUCGCCUGGCAACGAAAGGCCAAAGUACUGCGGAAAACACCGAUGAUAGUGACGCCGGUCCUGCAGUUGUGGUGCAAGGACGAUGCGACGUGGUCAAUCUUGUGAUCUCGGAUCAAAGACCUGCGCAAGACCAGUUUCGUGAGGAUGACUUUUUGGAUGAUGAGCCCAGUGACGAUGAGGAAUGGAAUGGCCGCGAUCAGCAGCCGAGGUCAAGUGGGUAUGCUUGGUGAAUAUGCAUGGAUGUGAGUUAGUUGUUGCACAGUGCAAUGACACUAGAUUUGGCCGGCCCUGGACUGGAAAACUGGUGCUUGUACAAUGAUUCCUGGCAGGUGCUUGACCAAAGUUAGCUCCUCAAACGAUGCUUGAUGUUAAUGCCUUAGGACC